UAAAAGCUGAAAGCAGAUUACCAUUUUUAUUUUUACCGGGUAGUGUUGUCGACCGAACAGCGGAGCACAGAAGCACGAUGAGACAUCAGGUUCGUUCAUUGAAAACGACACGUUUUGGAAGCGGUUGUGUUGUGUCAGACAGACUGUGCUUCUGAGCCACAGCCUGACAGUGUCACGAGCUCACUUCCAUUCCGCUUCUUUCAAACUUCCAUUAUUAUUCACCUUUCACUGCUCUCUCCCAAACCCUUCAACAUCUCUCCAGCAUCUCCACUCUCUUCCACCAUGAAAACUCACCAACAUCAUCCUAAACUCAAAACCCAGCCAUGUCCACUCUUCUCUUGUGGCUUCUUUCGUCACUGCACUCAAUCUGUACUCAGUCCCACCAACUCUCAAUCCCCUCCUCUUCCACUCACUCCUCAACAAACACCUCGUCCACCGCUGCCACCACCGCCCCCGCAACCACCAUUAUCAACCCAUCCACCUGAAUCUUCCUCCUCUUCUUCCUCCACCUCCCAAAGCUUUACUCAGUGGAAAUUCCCUUUCCCUCUCCCAACUUCACCUAUCCACCCACAAUCCCAGCCCGACCCGGAACCCCUAUCCAACCCCAAACCCAUCUACCUCCCGCCUAAACCAUUGCCACCUCCAAUCCCAUACACUAGCCUCCAAGAACUUUUUCACUUAGCAGAGCUCCAACUCACUACUGGGUCUCAGUCAGAUCAGCUCGCCGCGCUUUAUCUUCUGGAACGUUCCCUGGUACCGAACCCGCCAUCCGACCAUGCGUGCCAGCCCGAGUUGAUGCGCGGGGUCGUUGCUAAUUUGAAAAACAAAGCAGGGGCAAAACCGGCAACUAAAGUUUUAUUAGCGCUUUGUCUUGCGGAGAGCAAUCGCCACGUGGCAGUGGAGGCAGGAGCGGUUGGCGCGGUGAUAGAAGUGGUGGCGGAGCUGGACAGUGCGGCGGGGGAGAGAGCUUUGGCUGCGCUGGAGCUCAUGUGCACGGUGGCGGAGGGCGCAGCGGAGGUGAGAGCUCACGCUCUCUCCGUGCCGGUGAUGGUGACAAUGAUGGGACAAAUGGCCGGAAGGGGGAAGGAGUACGCGAUAAGUGUGAUCGCUGUGAUUUAUGGCGGAGGAGAUCAAAUCGUGUUGGCGGCGCCGCCGGAGGAAGUGGCGCGGGCUGUGGCUCUGGCCUUGCAAGGUGAUUGCACCGCUAGAGGAAGGAGAAAAGGGACCCAGCUACUGAAGGCGCUCAAUGAGUAUGGUGGACUCGAUGGGAACGAGGAAGAACAUCAACAGCUGUGAUUGAUUUGUUUGUGGGGCCUAUUUUAUUGUAAUAAUUUUUUUAAUAAUCGACGGUUUCUGAAAUAUAGCUUUUGUUUGGUAC